CUGCAGGUCAUUUGUGAGAAGAUCUUCAGGCCUUGGUUUUCUCCCACAAUCCUCGGGGCCAAAGCAGGUCUCCCUCUGCAGGUGGAGCUGCAGCGAGCGGUGCAGGAGUGCUCAGAAACAGACCGAGGUGUGGACGAGAUGGAGGAGGGAGGAGGAGGAGGCCAGGAGAUCCACCAGCGGCUCCUCGACAUCCUGAACCGCCUCCUCCGGGAGGAGRCAGGUUUUGGUGAAAGGAGGAGGACGGCGUCCACACGGCAGUGAACUUCUCAGUGAUGGAGUCCAUCGUGUCUUCUACUGGACCAGGUUUCCACAGAAGAACUGGACUUUACCGUCGUCAGAAACUCAUGACUCAGGAUUAAAGUUUGAAUCAUCGAGGUGAAGAAUAAACUCUCUUAAUCCAUAAAUACAAAAACUAAAUCUUUGGGACCUGAUGAAAACAUGUUUUAGACAUAUGGAACAUUUGAUAUCUUCGGUUGCUGAAGAACUUUUUAAAACGAUGGACCAGACCCAGCUCAGUCCCUCACAGAGACAGGACAUGGAGGAUCGUGUCUCURAGGCGUCUUCUUGGUUUGAUCUGAACGAGAAAACUGAAACAUGGACCUGAUGCAUCUGAUGCGUCAUUUUAUUGACUUAAAAUCAAAGUUUACCCGAGGAAUGGUUUACUGUUUCUCUGUAAAUCAUUUUAAUUUCACUCUGGUGUGUAAAGAGCUGUUUACAUGAAAACACUGUGGCUUCAGAGACUCUGGAGACAUCCAGACCUGGACUGGACUCAGACCAAAAACAAAAACAAAAAAACUCAAAUGUUUUCUCAUCAGAGGAAUCUGUUAGUUUUUUGUAUUAACUAAAGCAAAACUUGAACAAUG